CCACAUCAGAUUAGUACAAUUUGGGGAAAAGACAUUGAACAGAGAAAAUACUGAGAAACUUCCACAAAUGCAACAAGACUUUCAAACCUUUUCUCCAAAAGCUCAAAUUUUUGCAACCCAAAAUGAAAUCUGAAGACACCCAUCAACACCCAAAGAGAAGUAAACCCGCAAACCAUUCUCACAAUCCAUCAACUUCAAUGCAAGAUUCAAUCUUGGAAAUCCCUAUUUUGCCCCCAGAACUCAUCACUGAAAUCCUCUCAAGACUGCCAGUGAAAUCACUCUUGAGAUUCAGGUGUGUUUCAAAAUCUUGGCAUUCUUUAAUCUCUAGCAAUGAAUUGAUCAACACCCAUUUAAGCUUAUCUUCUAAUAACAAGGAAUACACUCACCAUAGACUUAUCGUGAGUUUUGUUCAACCUGAAUACAAUCUUAAGGACUGGUCACUUGGUUCUUUAUUAAAUGGGGGUGUUACUGAGGCAUUUGACUUGGAUUAUCCUAUGAAAAACCCACAUAAAUCUGUUUGGAUCGUGGGUUCUGUUAAUGGGUUGAUUUGUCUUGCUAUUGAGGAGAAUGACUUGUUUUUAUGGAACCCGUCGAUUAGGAAGUUCAAGAAAUUGCCUGAUUCUAGGCCUACGUUGAGGAGUGGUUACUAUUUCAUGUAUGGUUUUGGAUAUGAUGAGGUUCGUGAUGAUUAUAAGGUAGUGGGUAUUUUUUGUAUUUUCGGUUCUGGUGGUUCGUAUGAGGUUGAGGUCAAGAUAUAUGGACUAAAGAAUGAUUCUUGGAGAAAUGUUGAUGAUUUUCAGGGCGGGUUGUUAUUGAAUGAUUCGGGUAAGUUUGUGAACGGGAAGCUUCAUUGGGCUACUACUUCUCGUCUUGGUGAGUAUAAUUGCUGGGACAUAAUUUCUGUUGAUUUGACUGAUGAGAAAUGGGGAAAGGUGGAGCAGCCUUGCUAUGAAGAAGGAAAUUUUGAUUUUGUGAUGGGGGUGUUGGAAAAUGAUCUUUCCGUGCUUUGUAAUUAUCAGAAAACUCGAGCAGAUGUGUGGAUUAUGAAGGAGUAUGGGGUUAAAGAGUCUUGGACAAAAAUGUAUACGAUCAGAUGUCCUAAUGAUCCUGGCAAGUAUAUGUUUUCUCCACCCCUUUGCGUGUCAAAUAAAGGUGAAAUCUUGCUUGUGUUUGGAUCAAUUUUCAUGAUAUACAAUCCGGAUGAUGACUCGAUCAGAUAUCCAGAGGUGACUAACUUCGAUGCCUGUCUUGAGGCGGAAAUCUACAUCGAAACCCUAGUUUCUCCCCUUUUACGAAAUGAACCGAGCAUACAACAGCAAUGAAGGCUGCAUAAGCUUCGAUGAAUGACAAUCUCGUGACUUGUGACAUUUGGACCUUUUUCAGAAUUCUUAGGUGCUAUGGUUAUGUAUCACCAAGUGAGGGAUGAAUAGCUUUGUUCGAGGCAUCAUUUCAGGGGAAACCCUUAUUUCAUUAUGGUAUCAACUAUUAGUUGAUUUUGAAUUCUGACCAAAGUUAAUGUAGCCAAGCAUGUACAAACAAGAAAAAAAUAUCUAAUCCUCGUAGUCAAACAAUUUCAAGAAUUUGGAACAUGGAUUUAGUUACUGUUGUGGUUCCAUUUCUUGACUUGCAUCCUCUGUGAGACACCAAACAGAGGUAAGAGGGGAGAAAUGAGACGUAGCCAAGGUAACUUUAAUUGUACAUUUUAGUGGAAAUAAAAAUAGUACGAGGGGAGAAGGUUAAAACGCCAAAAGGUUUGCAUGUGGAAAGUCUUGCGAGUUAGAUGUGGUGGAGCUAGGCAGGGCCAUGCCUUUUAUGAAGUGCUCCAGCUCUGAAUCAAAUAACCCAUUUUUUGGUGGGUCAAUAUGUUGCAUGUGGAUCAACAUGAGUGUAUCUUGUGACC